AUGGCAAGAGCACUUGCGAUGAUGCUACUCAUGGCCAUCGCGCUGACCACCAUUAUGUCGGCGGCGGGCGCCAUGGACAUCACGGAUAAGGACCUAGCGUCGGAGGACUCCUUGUGGGCGAUGUAUGAGCGCUGGUGCGAGAACCACAGCGUGGAACGCGAAAUUGGUGACAAGACUCGGCGCUUCAAUGUGUUCAAGGAGAAUGCACGCAUGAUCCACGAGUUCAACCAACAAGAUGUGCCCUACAAGCUAAGCCUCAACCUCUUCGGCGACAUGACCGAUGAAGAGGUAGACCGUACUUACGGUCGCUGCUCCAACAUCAGGUCCAACGGCCGGAAGCGCCGGCAUCAGGGUCGGCUCACGCAAGGAUCCAUCAUUGCCCGCGAAGACCUCCCAGCUGCCGUGGACUGGCGCAUGAUGGGAUACGACCAACGUCCGUCAGCAGUGACGAACGUGAAGCGUCAGGGGACCUGCGGGGGCUGUUGGGCCUUCGCGGCGAUGGCGGCGGUGGAGGGCAUCAACUCCAUCAGGACCCGGAACCUGACGUCAUUAUCUGUGCAACAACUUCUAGACUGCGAUAAGGGGAAUGAGGGAUGUCGUGGCGGAAACGCAGAAGGGGCCUUCAAGUACAUCCACCAUGGGGGCAUCGAAACGGAGGCUGAGUAUCCGUACAUUGGCCAUCAGCGUGGCCGCUGCUCGGUGCCCAAGCAGAACCGGAACACUAUCGUCACCAUUAACGGCUACAAACAAGUGCCGCCCAAUGAGGUGGCAUUGAUGCAGGCAGUGGCGGCCCAACCCGUCGUCGUGGCACUCGAUGCUAACUCGACGACCUUCCGACGCUAUGGGGGAGGCGUCCUCGUGGGACCGUGCGGGACAGACCUAAACCACGAAAUGACAGUGGUGGGUUACGGCACUACCAAUGAGCAGGACUCGAAGAAACGCAUGGAUUACUGGAUCGUAAAGAACUCAUUGGGGCCUGAAUGGGGUGAAAAUGGCUACACCCGCAUAGCACGCGACGUCAACAGUCAAGCCGAGGAUGGGUUGUGUGGCAUCCUCAUAUAUGCAUCGUACCCGGUGAAGUUCAAAAGGAAAGGCGUGAAUGAUAUCAUGAAGAUAGUGUAACAAAUGCGUAUAAAGAUUUGAGAGUUCUUUCAACAUGCAUG